CCAGCUUCUAUUUUCAAUGUGGUAAACCGCAGCCAUGAUUUCUAGAAAUAUCUUCACCAGGCUUUGUGCCUUAGCCCUCGUUCUUCCUCUAGGACAAUGUAUUCCAGCGACGCCGCCAGUCCAGAAGCGUGCUGCACUCGACACAUGGAUAGCAAAUGAGAAUUCCAUUGCCCUUUCUGGGGUGCUUGCAAAUAUUGGAUCUACAGGGGCAAAGUCGUACGGCGCGUCGAGCGGACUUGUGCUCGCUAGCCCGUCAAAGGUGAACCCGAACUAUUUCUAUACUUGGACACGUGACUCUGCUCUCGUCUUCAAGGCCCUAGUCGACCAAUUUAUUACUACCCAAGAGUCUUACCUCCAACUUGAGAUCAACGACUAUAUCUCAGCCCAGGCAAAACUACAAACCGUCUCCAAUCCGUCGGGCAGCCUCUCUAACGGAGCCGGCCUAGCAGAGCCAAAGUAUAUGCCAGAUGGUACCGCGUUCACGGGCGACUGGGGAAGGCCUCAACGAGACGGCCCUGCUCUUCGUGCUACGGCGCUAAUAGCGUACGGGAGAUGGCUUCUCUCCAAUGGUUACGGCUCGGCUGCCGCGAACAUUGUUUGGCCAAUCGUGAAGAACGACCUCGAGUAUGUGGCCCAGUAUUGGAACCAGACCGGAUUCGAUCUCUGGGAAGAGGUCAAUGGAUCGAGUUUCUUUACGACAGCUGUUCAGCACCGUGCUUUAGUAGAGGGGAGCGCAUUUGCUGCAUCUGUUGGGAAGAGCUGCCCGAAUUGCGACUCGCAGGCCCCACAGACACUUUGCUUCUUGCAGAGAUAUUGGAGUGGAUCGUAUAUUAUUUCGAAUAUUAACGUCAAUACAGGAAGGAGUGGAAAAGACGCGAAUUCUAUACUGGGAUCCAUUCAUACUUUCGAUCCUAACGCUGGAUGCGACGAUUCCACCUUUCAGCCCUGCUCUCCGAGGAUGCUGGCUAACCAUAGAGUCGUGACGGAUUCUUUUCGGCUUGUCUAUGGUGUGAACAAUGGUAUCUCUCAGGGCUCAGCGGUAGCUGUCGGACGUUAUCCAGAAGAUGUGUACUUCAACGGAAACCCGUGGUAUCUUUGCACGCUUUCCGCUGCGGAACAAUUGUACUCGGCGCUGUACCAGAUCAACAAAGUCGGAUCCAUUAGCAUUACUUCCACCUCUCUCGCGUUUUGGCAGGCCAUCUACCCCUCAGCAGCCACAGGAACCUUCUCCUCGUCAUCCUCAACCUUCACAUCUCUCACAUCCGCUCUAAGAACUUAUGCAGACGGAUACGUCGCGAUCGUGCAGAAAUACACACCAAGCUCAGGCGGGCUAGCCGAGCAGUUCGAUAAAUCUUCUGGGGGCCCACUAUCCGCUGUCGACCUGACUUGGUCAUAUGCAUCAUUCCUUACUAUGACAGCUGCAAGGAACAACGUCCUGCCCGCAUCAUGGGGUGCUGGUUCCGCCAACCAGGUACCAGGCGUAUGCGCUGCUUCGUCUGCGACUGGAUCAUACAGCCCGGCGACGAAUACAAACUGGCCGAACUUUCCUUGCACAACAGCAUCGACCGUCUUUGUCACUUUCAACGUUCUUGCUACGACGUCGCUUGGACAGAAUAUCUACGUCGUAGGGUCAGUUGCGGCAUUAGGCAGCUGGGACACAACAAAAGCCGUGAAGCUAGAUGCUGGGAGAUAUACGGAUAGCGUGCCGCUGUGGUAUGGGACUGUGAAUUUGGCGGCUGGAACAGUGUUGCAGUAUAAGUAUAUCCGCAAAGAGGCGGAUGGGAGGGUGGUGUGGGAGAGCGAUCCCAAUCGAUCAUAUUCUGUUCCAACCUCGUGUCGAAGGUCAGCCGCAAUCGGUGACUCCUGGAGGUGA